UUGUCUCGAUGGGAGAAAAAAAAAUAUGCGCGAGUAUCAGCUGAGCUCUGGCAAUUCCCGGUGCAUACCAGGAUAAUAUCCCUCAAUAUUGGAAUGUCAAUCAGUCCACCGUGACUACCACCGCCAAGAACAGCUGACCCAUCGCUUCUGGUCGCUUGAUCAACUCCCGAAAAUGUUCUAGUGUCAAAGAUGAAUUCUAAAGACAAGGACAACAAGGCCAUUGACAAGCUCAAGCAAUUUUUUCGUAUAAACAAAGGUAAUUACAAGACUCGAGAGGAUUUUACUCUGACUCAGGACAUCGAGAAGGUGAUAAGCUCGGAGAGUCCGGUCCACCAGAGGACGAAAGCUAUCAAAGAUCUCUGUGAUCCAGUUCUGAAUCAACAAUGGGAGGACAGAGCACCGGAGCGUCUCUGGAGUCUGGUAGAAGACCUCCUAAACAAGGACGUCCCCCGAGAGCACCGUCACAUAGCCCUGAACUUCCUCUGUUGUCUGGUUCAGGGUCAGUACACAAAGUUGUCCUCCCUGAUGCGGGUUAAAUUCUUCAAAGUAGUGAAAGACCACGACAUAAUCGAAGACAUAAGUCCUCGGCUGGAGCUCCUCCAGAAGCUCACCGACAACGGCAAGGACAUUCUCCAUCUCGAGGAAAAGAUGGGUCCAUUCCUCCUGGAGUGGAUGCCAAUAGUAACUGGAGGUGAUGGCAAACGAGGAGCUGAAUUCCUCUCCCUCCUGGUGAACGUUAUCAAGUACAAUUCUGCGUACAUUGAUGAAGACAUAAUAUCGGGUCUCGUUCAAUAUAUCUGUCACCUCUGCUACUACAGCAAUAGUACAGAGGUGGUGUCAGGCUGUCUGGACACCCUGGACACAAUAGUCGGCUACAACAUAAACCUGCAAUCAGACUCCCUCCAGACCUUCAUAACAGCUUUGUGUCGAUCAGUGAACGUCGAGAGCUACUGCCAGAUCAGCUGGAAAAUAAUGAGAAAGCUCCUGGGCACACACAUGGGCCAUGCAGCCCUGUACACGAUGUGCAGACUCCUUCAGGAUCCAAAUUUCCAACGAGACGUCCGUCUCCUCCGAGGGGCUGUCUUUUACGUGAAUAUGGGCCUUUGGGGGACCCACAGGAUCCCCAAGCUCGAGUGCACUCCCAUCUCAGUCCUUCCCUCGUUCGUUGAAGCCCUGAAGUGUAAUCAUCCCAUUGUCAUGUACGAGGUGACUCUCUCCAUCCAACGAUUAGUCAAUAAAUUUGGCCCUGACCUCCAGGAGCCCACCUGGGGCGUUGUCCUCGACAUAAUCGAACAAGUGAUUGCCCACACUGAGACCAGCAAUCAACCAGCCACCAAACAAGUCUCCUCGAGCCUUCACGAGACCAUAAACAGCAUUGAGAACCUGGUGGACAGUUCGCAGUACAACGGAUGUCUUCAACGAUUCUACGAACUCGUGGAGAGGUGCUCUGACGCUCGACCCGAGAUAUCCAUUCUCAAACUUGUUGAUCACAGGGCAGCUUCCAUUGGCCCCACCUACUACAAGUGGCAGUCGAAAUUGGCGACGCUGAUGGAACGCUACUACAAGACGGAAACGAGGACCAACAUCAGGGUAAAGGUCCUGGAUGUUGUUACGAAAGUCAUCCAGGUGAACAGGUCCAGGUACGAGGACGAAUUGAUCGAGAGAAUUGUCGUGCCCUAUCUCCAACAUGUCGAUAUGGAUCCAGACAUUACGAUUCGUAAUGUCGCUGCCAAUCUACUCAUCGAUCUGUGUUAUGAAUGCGAGACCAAACGGUGUCUGGAGCUGCUGGAUAUCCUGGAGAAAAUAAUUAACAAACCGUUUGCCUCGGAAACACCCAUAUCGGCGGAUGCCGAUAUCAAGGACAUUAAGACUGCUGUCGUUGGGGUGAUUAAAGUCCUGGUGAUUAAGAUAUAUAAUCUACCGUCGAGCCAUGCUAUUCGGGCUUACAGGAUCCUAGUUAGCCAUCUGGAGCAGCACUACAAGGACCCACAUAUCUUUCACGAGAUAUCGACAAUCAGGUAUCUGGUGUUCGAAUGUUUCCUGAAGAUUCGAGCGAAUUCUCUGUACCACCUGGGCUUUCCUGACAGUGUCACCGGUGUUGUGACGCAUUUCAGUCCAUACUUAGUCCUGGAGCAUGCCCCCUCGCCACCAGAACGCAUGUCCUCAGGUGGUGGUGGUAACAGUCCUCCUCCACCCCUGAGUCCAGCUCCUCUUCAACAUAUCUCAUGUCAAGUAACGCAUUUAUCUCUCGCCCAUGCCUGCAAAGCUGUGAUUUCCUGCAUAAAGCAGGAGAAAGACUGGAAAGUUCUUCAGUUGAUCCUGAAGGAGAUGCCCCAGGUGAUGCAGAACAGGGCAUUAAUCUUGUCCAGGCAUAGCAAUGAUAUUGAUUAUCUGGCAGCUGCUCUCUGUUCAAUGGUCAGUGAUAAAACCCUGAGGCUCCCGGAAUCCCUCUACAACGUACCCCAGAAGUUCACCCUCUCUGAUUUUCGAGCUCAUGUGUUUCCAGUCCUGGCAUCAUUGGCUUCCUACCACGCACACCUCGAACCAAAUCUCCAACAACGUUUGAUAAAGUGCCUGGAGGUUGGUUUGACCGCUAAAUGUGCCAGCCAGUGUGUCACGAGUCUCACUACCUGCACCCUGGAGAUGAGAGACGCCAUGAAUAAAUUACUGUCUGAAGUUCUCCUGAAUCUCUCGAAAAUCUCUGCAACUAUCCACAUCGCCAUUCCCAUCCUGGAGUUUCUGUCGACAUUGACGAGACUCCCCAAGGUCUUUGCGAGCUUCAUUGGUGAUCAGUACAUGUCUGUCUUCGCCAUUCUCCUACCCUACACAAAUCCCUUCAAAUAUAAUCACUACACUGUGUCCCUGGCUCACCACGUCAUCGCAGUAUGGUUCCUGAAGUGUCGUCUGCCCUUCAGACGAGACUUCGUUAAAUUCAUAACGACUGGUCUCAAGGCAAAUGUCCUGGUGCCCUUCGAGGAGGGACAGCUGAUGAAGAGUGACUUUAGUUCGAUCAAUGAGGACUCCUCCAAUAGAAAGAGAAGCUCGAGUCUCACUGAACAGGGAAGCAGAGGACGCAGGGAGAGACCAAUACUCCAGAACAGGAUGUUGGGAGGUGAUUUGAAGCCCGAGAUCAAUGAAUCCCUCAAGACAUUUCAUAAUGAACUGACUGAGACUUGUGUGGAUCUCAUGGCUAGGUAUACCUUCUCCACUUACACAGCUAGACCAAAAAGACUACCAGCUGCUGAUUUUCUGUUGAAAGAAGGACAAUCCAUGACUUGGUUACUGGGAACUCGAUUGAUUACUAUUACGACGAGUGGAUGUAGCAAUAAAGCUAUGAGAGGUGGACUCUGUGAUAAUUGUUGGGUGGCCUGCAAGUCUGGAUCAACACCUGAUUACCUUAGCAGGAGUGGAACUGGUGGCUCUGGGGGGAUACAGAGGAGAACUUCAAGUACUGAGGGCUCUAAGGAUGAGAGCAGUAGACUGUCGAGACAGUCGUCAUCCAAUACAGCAGCUAAUUCACCCACUGAGGAGACCAAGAAACUGGAACUUGAGGAGGUGGACAAACAGGGGGAUAAAGGCAGGGAGUUCUCCGGAGAGAAUCACAAGUUGGAGAAGACUGACAAAGAGGUGACUGCACAAUUAUCGGAGCCCAAUAAACUUGAGCAGAUUUUGUGUGAUCAGAAGCUGGAGGAGCACUCUCCUUGUGCCUGCUGGUGCCAAGGAUGGGCUGAGAUCUACGUGCGAAGACCCACUGGGGAUAUGUCCUGGAUCAUGAGGAUUCAGAAUUCGAUGCAAUUCGAUGUGCCUCAGGACUUUCCUCUUCAGGAUAUCACUGCUCUGUACAUGCCAAUGCCUGAAGUUGUUUCUAACAACAGAAGUCAGGAGUCAACGACGACGACGGACUCCCUGGAUGAUGAGGGUGAAGACAGGUCUGAUGGGAACUCAAAAAUCCCAGUUGUCGAGGCUCUACCGUUGACUCUGGUGAAUCCCAAGUCGUCGAGGUCAGAGUCUGGACCAAUUGCGAUACCGGGGUCGCCAGGACGGCCUAGCCCUUCUCGUCAGAGCUCAAGGGACAGCACUGAGAGCCUUGAAGAUGGGGAUGAGGAUUCUAGGAGGUCCAGGAAUCCUGUGAGGAGGUCAAACUCCAGUCCUGAGAUGAGCGCCAGUUGGAAAAAUCCUUUUUUAAAUAAGGAUAAACUUAUCAUUCAGAAUGAUCCACAAACGAAUCCUGAAUUUGAUGUGAAACUCGAUGCUGAACUGAAGAAACAUGCGAAAAAUGCUUAUGCCAAGGAUAUGAGGGUCAGUUGCGAGGCGAUUCCUGAGGAGAUAUCAGGAAUGGGGACAACUCCACCUGCAGUGGAGCAUGCACCGGAUCAGAUGAAUGUUCUAAGGUCACAGCACUCUUAUCCAGGCGCAAUCCAGGGUCCCCAUCAGACCUCCAGCAGCAGUAGUACCUCCAGCAGCACAAGCAACACAGUUCCCGCCUCCCCAACAGCCCUGACUCAGAGUCAAGCCCCUAGCCAUCUCUUCGUCCAAACCAGGCAGUCUCAAGUCCUGGGACAGUAUCACGUCCAGUCGAAACCCCCACAGUCCCCAACCCAGUUGUACUCCAGGUCCACCUCCACCUCUGAUUCUAGUCUCAAACAAAUAGCCCAAAGUAUCGACACGAAGCCCCCAAUUGGCAGGAUAUUCGAGAAGAAGGACGACAGACCGGAUCCCUCGUCACUUCCUCCCUUCGCCUUUCGUGAUCGUGGACACACCAUCUCGGUGAUGUCUCCUGUUAAGCAGUCCAGGGAGUGGGAAAGCAUCAGGAAGGGGGCGAAUCCACCAUCGCGGAUCAAAGAGGCACCCAGAACUGGCAUCAAUCCCAGUUUCGUUUUUCUACAGCUGUAUCACACGGCGCAUUUUGGUGUCAGCACUGAGAGACCUCUGCUGGUUCCCCAAACGACUGCUGUUCAACGAGCAGUGACAAAUCUCGACAGGAUUCAGCCAUACGAGACCCAUAAAAUAGGUGUACUUUAUGUGGGUCCUGGACAGGCAUCCAACGAAGUGGAGAUUCUGGCUAAUCAACACGGAUCCCUGAGGUACACGGAAUUCCUUCAGAGGCUGGGUACUCUGAUAAGACUCAGGGAUGCUGAUGAGAAUGUCUUCCUCGGGGGAUUGGACCGAAAUGGGGAGAAUGGAAAUUUUGCUUACAUAUGGCAGGAUGAUGUUACUCAGGUGGCUUUUCAUGUGGCCACACUGAUGCCCACUAAAUCCAGUGAUCCCAAGUGCACUUCGAAGAAACAACACAUUGGAAAUAAUUAUGUUUCCGUGGUUUAUAAUGAGAGUGGCGAACAGUACAACAUUCAGACGGUCAAGGGACAGUUCAAUUAUGCAUGUGUGGUGAUACAGCCACUUGAUCAUGGAACUAAUCAGGUAACUGUCCAGGCCAGGGAGGAACUCGCUGAACACAUUGGACAUAGUGAGCCGAAAAUUAUUUCCGAUCAGAAUCUGGCGAUUUUGUCAAGACAACUGGCGCUACAUGCUAAUCUUGCUUCCAUGGUGUCUUCAUCCUUGAAACAAAAUGGCCACAACCCGUAUGCAUCAAACUGGCUGGAGCGUUUACGUCACAUAAAACGACUGAGGAAACGUAUCCAGGACACAGCGAAUAGUAAUCCAGAUGGUCCUAACGACGAGUCCUCAUCCCGACCGAAUAAGAGAGUUCAGAUGGACGAUUUCACCGAAUACACGACAUGAUUCAGCUUUGUGAUUUAUUAAUGGAGAUAUAUUUGCUGAUAUUUUUUUGUGCAAAAGAACAUUCUUAUACGUUAAUAACGAAUAAAAAAUGUGAAUUAAUA